AUGAUGCCGCCGCCGACCCCGGCAACGAUGAUGAUGAUGAUGCCGACGUCGACUCCGGCAACGAUGAUGAUGCCGACGGCGAUGCCGCCGCCGACCCCGGCAACGAUAAUGACGACGCCGACGUCGACUCCGACGGCGAUGCCGCCGCCGACCCCGGCAUCGACGGCGAUGCCGACGACGACUCCGGCACCGGGAAAAAAUAUGAAAAAGCGCAUAAAUGAGGCCAUACGACGGGCCGUAAAUAAAGAGCGGCGAAAAUUCAACCGAAGACCCGGACCUGCACAAAAAUAUAUGCCCGGGCCACCGGAGGUUAUUAUAUUCCUGCACCAGGAUAUAUAA